AAGGUCAAACACACUCAAUAACAGCGCCGGAUCAGCGAGGCUGGCCACUUGUUCGGGUGUAUUUGUCAACGGGUGAACACCGGCUGAACACCGUGUCACUGUCACUUCAUCCACUUCGCCUAAACCCCAUCAAAAUGGCAACCUGGUUUUCCUGCGUUGAGAUGGGACCUCCCAUCGAAGUGUUCGCGUUGAAUAAGUCUUUUUUGGAAGACAAGCACCCUCAGAAAGUCAAUCUGGGAGUUGGAGCGUACAGAACGAAUGAAGGCAAACCAUGGGUGCUGCCUGUGGUACGUCGCACGGAACAGCAGAUGGCAGCUAAUGAAGAAUUGAACCAUGAAUACCUACCUGUCUUGGGACUGGAAAGUUUUUCCUCUGGAGCGACUGGCAUGCUCCUUGGAUCAGACAGUCCUGCAUUGGCCGAUGGACGAGCAUUUGGAGUACAGACACUUAGUGGUACAGGAGCUCUUAAGGUUGGAGCGGACUUUCUUCAUAAGCACCUAAAACUCACCACAUUCUACUACUCAUCGCCAACUUGGGAAAAUCAUGGACUAAUCUUUAGCAAUGCUGGAUUUACUGAGCCUCGCCAGUACCGCUACUGGAACCCUGAAACCAGGAACAUUGACUUUGAAGGAAUGCUGGAGGACCUGAAGAAUGCUCCCAAAGGUUCAGUCAUUAUUUUGCAUGCUUGUGCCCACAAUCCUACUGGCUGUGAUCCUACUCCUGAGCAGUGGGAGAAAAUAGCUGAUGUCAUCGAAGAAAAAGGACUGUUCCCAUUCUUUGAUUCAGCCUAUCAAGGCUUUGCCUCUGGUGACCUGCUGAAAGAUGCACAAGCUGUUCGAUACUUUGUAAAGCGAGGCUUCGAACUGUUUUGCUCCCAGUCAUUUGCCAAAAACUUUGGCCUUUACAAUGAGCGUGUCGGUAAUUUAACUGUUGUGAUGAAGGAUAAGAAGUGCAUGGCUGAAGUAAAGUCUCAGAUCACCUUGAUCAUCCGAGGAAAUUACUCCAACCCACCGAACCAUGGAGCCCGUAUUGUAUCUACAGUGCUCAAUGACCCUCAGCUUUUCAAAGAAUGGGAAGAUUGUAUCAAGACCAUGUCAAGCAGAAUUUUGAGCAUGCGCAAAGGGCUGCAAGAACGUCUGGAGAAGUUGGGAACCCCUGGCUCAUGGGAUCACAUCACAAGGCAGAUUGGAAUGUUUUCCUACACUGGCCUCACAGAAUCUCAGGUGGCUUACAUGGUCAAAGAAUUCCAUAUCUACCUGCUCAAGUCUGGACGCAUUAACAUGUGUGGGCUUACUACUAGCAACAUUGACCAUGUAGCUCAAGGCAUUCAUGAUGCUGUGACCAAAGCUCCCAAGUAAAUUUUGUUUAUGGGCAUGUACCUCCAAGAAUUGAUUGAGCUAUAUAGAGAAAAAAAGGUAGGGAGAUUAUGAGGCUUUGAUUGUUACCGUUUGUUUUUAAGGUCUAUAGUUUUAAAAUGUAGGAGUUAUUGGUUACCCUGUAAUCUUGUGCAAAGACAAUAUGUUACAUUAAUUAAUUAAUGAAUAUCACCACGGGUUCAUUGUUAAAGCUUUUUAAGUAUUAUGUUGCACAGUGUGUUAAGCUGCCACAUUUGCCUGUUUCAUAGAUUUUGUAGUUUUAAGGAGAACAAUGCAUUUACAAAGUUCCAUGAUGUCGCAUUUUGUCCUAUAAAUCCUAAUUAAAUGCCAAUGAGUUUCCUAGUCAGUGUCAUUCCUUGUGUGGAAGCUUUGGAUCAUGAUAAUUUGAAGUAAAUUUUACUCUGUACUUAGUUCUGAUCCCCCUCCUCCUCUUAUUAGGAAAAUCAUGAGUUGUGUGAAAUAUUGUGAGGUCUUAGUAAAGAAGAAUUUUUUUUAA